AUGCCUCCCAAGAAGCAAGUCGUCGAGGAGAAGAUCCUCCUGGGCAGGCCCGGUAACAACCUGAAGAGUGGAAUUGUUGGCCUUGCAAACGUUGGAAAGUCCACCCUCUUCCAGGCCAUUACCAAGUGCAACCUGGGAAACCCGGCCAACUUCCCCUACGCCACCAUCGACCCUGAGGAGGCACGUGUCAUUGUACCCGAUGAGCGCUAUGAUUGGCUUUGCGAAAAGUACAACCCAAAGUCGCGCGUGCCUGCCAACCUUACGGUGUACGAUAUCGCUGGUCUGACGAGAGGUGCCUCCACUGGUGCCGGUCUCGGUAACGCCUUCUUGUCGCACAUUCGCGCCGUCGAUGCCAUCUUCCAGGUCGUUCGUUGCUUCGACGAUGCCGAGAUUAUCCACGUCGAGGGUGACGUCAACCCUACCCGUGAUCUCGACAUCAUCAGCGACGAGCUGCGGUUGAAGGAUAUCGAGUUCACCGAGAAGGCCCUCGAGAACCAGAAGAAGAAGACUCGCUCUGGUGGCAAGGGCCUUGAGCACAAGAAGGCCAUGGAGGAGCAGGCUACCAUUGAGAAGAUCCUUCAGCACUUGAAGGACGGCAAUGAAGUCCGCAAGGGUACCUGGGGCCCUAAGGAGAUCGAGGUUAUCAACCCCUUGUUCCUCCUUACCGCCAAGCCCGUCGUCUACUUGGUCAACCUCUCGGAGAAGGACUUCAUUCGCAAGAAGAACAAGUACCUUCCCAAGGUUGCCGAGUGGGUCAAGGAGCACGCCCAAGGCGACCCCAUCAUCCCCAUCUCCGUCUCUUUCGAGGAGCGUCUGACACGCUACGAGACUGAGGCCGAGUCCAAGGAGGAGCAGAAGAACGUUGGUGCCGAGUCCGCUCUGCCCAAGAUCGUUCUUCAGAUGCGCAAGGUCCUCAACCUUGGCAGCUUCUUCACCACCGGUACGGACGAAGUCCGCCAGUGGACUCUCCGCAACGGCACCAAGGCGCCCCAGGCUGCCGGUGUCAUUCACACUGACUUUGAAAAGACCUUUAUUCAAGUCCUCGUCUACAACUUCACCACGCUCAAGGAGCUCGGCACUGAAGCCGAGGUCAAGGCCAAGGGCAAGGUUAUGACGAAGGGCAAGGACUACGUUGUGGAAGACGGAGACAUCUUGCUCAUCAAGGCCGGUGCUGCCAAGGCUGUUCGUCCACGGUCCUCGACUAAGGGUCCGCUCGACCUAGACGACACUCCUCUAAAUGACCCGUUGUCGCCAAAAGCCGCCGCCACAGAAGACACGACGCAGCAACGCCCGAUAUCAGGACAACGCUCGCCAGCGCUGCCUCACUCACCCGCAGCACCUCCCGUGAAGACGACUGUCACAAAGGACUUUGGCUUCCUCCUGCGGCCCGAGAUCUACCACACCGUCCAACCGGUCAACGUCCCGGUCGCAUUCAGGAACUCGUCCAAACAGCCGCCAGCCGAUGCUCCGCUCGAAGACCUGCUGGCAAAGGGCCACUUCCGCGCCGCUGCCAUCGCCGCGGUCCAGGAGCUCACGGCCACGGGCAGCCCGGACCGGCCGCGGGUCUCACCGUCGGACCACCAGAGGAUCUUUAGCCUGCUGUACACGCGGCUGGCGUGCCUGACACUCAUCGACGCGACGGCGGUGGCGGCGCAGGAGGUGAGGGCACUGGAAGAUUUGAACGCAGGCGUCUACAUUGACGAGACCACGGGCGAGCACUUGGUGCCCUGGGAGCUGCGCGUGCUCAACGUACGGCUACAGGCUCUCGGAUUCAGCGACCCGCGCAGGUCCGUCAUGAGCUACCACGACCUGGCGCGGGAGGCGCGCGAGCAGAUCAGCAAGGCGACGGCGCGGCACGAUAACUCGGCGAGGGAACUCUGGAAGGCGCGGCUACAGGAUUUGGGCGUUGCUGUCGCGGGCGCGCUGGUGGAGAUGGAUGACCCCGCUGGCGCGGCGCAGCACUUGGCUACGCUCAAGGACCGCGGGGACGGCAAGAUGGCACUUUCGAGGGCUCUGCUUUGGCUUCACUUGGGGGAUGCGGACGCGGCGAGGCGCUGCGUCAUGCGAGGGGAUGAUUCUGGAGAGGAGGGAAAGCAUGCUGAGACGGUUGUGGGCGCGCUUUGUCAGAUGGCUGAUGGGGAGUACGAGGCGGCGCUUGCGACCUGGAGAGGGCUGAGGGAGGAAGUUGCGGAUGAGAUGGUUGGUGUCAACAUGGCGGUGUGUCUUCUUUACACUGGCAAGUUGACAGAGGCACGAGCCAUUUUUGAGGACAUGGUCGGAUCCGGCUACUCAUCGCACACUCUCUUGUUCAACCUCAGCACAACCUACGAACUGUGCACGGAGCGGAACCGGAACCUCAAGGUGAGGCUCGUUGAUAAGGUGGCCGAUCUAGAGGAGACUCCAAGGGGCUGGGAGAAGAACAAUGCCGACUUUAAGUUGUAA